AUGUGGUCAGAACAUGGCGGCACUCAGAUCAAGGGCGGUUACAUGCUGCGAUACAAAAGAAAAUACCUGUGGAAUUCCUGGUCGGAGGAGUGGGUGGUACUCUAUGAUGACUCCACGAUGGCAUGGUUCAAGGACGCUUCAGGGAAAUGCCUAGCCACACAAAAACAUCUCGUCAAGGAGAGUCCAGAAAUGUUGGCGAUUUCAACGUGGACCGGCCAGGUUCCGAAGCGACCAGCCCUUCCGCCUGGAGCGAGAUUGUCCCAGUUAAUGGCAUUAGGUUCUAGAAGAGACCCAGGCAACGUUGUGUGGAUGCUCGCAAAAUCCGAUACUGAGAUGAGGGAGUGGGUGUCUGCAAUAUCUAAAACUCUACCGCCACCGCCGCACAUCGAGUUGGUGAUGUCGAUGCCGUAUAUUCGCACUGCCUUCAAGAAGCCUACGGUUAGAGUUAGACCUACGUCAUCGGAGAUGUACACAAGAAGCACACGUAGUGCUUUAACCGCUCUAGAUGGACGCGGACUGGUGGCAGUCAUCAAGAGACAGGUGCCACUGGCGGGGCAGUUAGACCACGAGCUCGCGUGGGGACAAGGCUGGGGGUGGGUGACGUUGCCCAACGGCGUGUGGAGCGGACCGUUGGCGGGGAAGCUGGGCCACGAGCUGGCCUGGGGCCAAGGAUGGGGCUGGGCGACGCAGCCCAACGGCGUGUGGAAUGGACGUCUCAUGUGGUCACAGGAGGGUGAUGACUUUGCACUCCACGCGAUGCCAAUCAUGCACCACACCAAUGUGUCGCAGGCGUGCUCAGUGCUCGAUGGGGUGACAGCCUACGAGGCCUCAGCCUACGAGCAGGCACUUGCAGAGUACGACGACACAGCCACUACCUCCGAUGACUGGGACUUUGGAGUCGACUGCGGUGAUUUCAUGAUGUAA